AUGCCCGGAAUUGCAGCGUUCUGGGUUGUGUGUUUGUGGUGCACAGUCGGCUUGCAGAAAGGGUACGUGGUCACCAAGAAGGCGACGCCCCCGCGGCCGUCGCGGCGACCUCGUAAGCUCUCUCCCCGAAUGAACAGCAUUCGGGAAAUUAUUCGUCAGGUUGCGGGUUUCGCGCCGUACGAGAGACGCAUGAUUGAGCUGAUCAAGAUCGGCUCUGCCGCUACGACCAAGAGAGCCCUCAAGUUCGCCAAGAAGAGACUGGGAACCCACCGCCGUGGCAAGGGAAAGCGUCAGGAGUUGCAGAAUGUCGUCGCUGCUCAGCGCAGAAAGGCGGCUGGCCAUUGA